GUCCAACUUCGAACCACAUUCCACAGGCAACAUCUUCUUGAAACCACCGUAACUUACCUAUAAGAUCUCUUUCCUAUCAUCUUGACAAUACUCGCGCAACAAUGGCAGAGACACAGCAAGAUCCAGACGUGUACCGUCUACAGUACGAGGCAUCGCGCGCUUUGUUUGAUGUCGACCUGCAAGGCUGCAUUUCAGCCGCAAAGCACAGCCUGGUUGACCCUACGCUUCCGCCGUACUGGUUUAUUAAGAAUUGCAUUCUGGUGGCAUGCGCACUUGAGAAUUGGCGUGACGCGGAUAUUUUUCGCACAACUGCCGAGGCCGUCUAUCAUGAGACCCUCGCAGAAGUAACAGGUGAAGACGACGAUGGGUCACUAGAGCUCCUCAAAGAUGUUGCAGAAGAGUUGGAGUCACUGGAGCAGUUCAGGGAGGAGGAAAUGUUCGAGCUGACUGGCAUCAGUAUUGUCCACGCGUGGGACGACGAAGAGAUAAAUGACAUAGGGGUGUAUCAGGAGAGUUUUGGUGCAAUGGAUGGUGAAAUGGACGCGUUCCCGUAUGGCUACAGCGAGUUCAGCGAAGAUUAUGUUCAGCACAACUCCUUGGAUGGUGCCACGGGUGAUGGAGCCGCCGAGAAUUUCGAACUCCCUGUCCACACCAAGGACCCAAGAGCCAUAACUAAAGCGGCCGAAGCGCCGAGUCUUAUCUGCGAACGCGAAGAGGCUGGCGCUGUCAAUGACUGCGAACAUACUCCCCCGCAAGAAGCGCUCUGCUAA